AGACACUCUGUCUCACGCAGAGUCUUUUGAACAGAUUUUAAAAGCGAAGAGAGAUCUACAUCUUCUCAUCGUCGUCGUCAUCAUCAACAAUUCGAAUCUGAAAUCUGCAAUUCACGAGAAGAAGUUUUUUUUUGUAACAAUGGCGAAUCCAAUUCAAGAGGUACAAUUUUUUGGAAUUUCAUCGAUUGAUGAUUUUUUUCUGUAUUUGAUUUUUUUUUUGUUUUGGUGAUGAUGAAUGAAGAUUAUUGAGAAACAAGUUCUAACGGUAGCGAAAGCUAUGGAGGAUAAGAUAGACGACGAGAUAGCGUCUCUGGAAAAGCUUGAUGAAGAUGAUUUGGAAGUUUUGAGAGAGAGGAGAUUGAAGCAGAUGAAGAAAAUGGCGGAGAAGAAGAAACGGUGGAUGAGUAUUGGACAUGGUGAAUACUCUGAGAUUCAUUCUGAGAAAGAUUUCUUCUCCGUUGUUAAAUCUAGUGAACGCGUCGUUUGUCACUUCUACCGUGAGAAUUGGCCCUGUAAAGUGAUGGAUAAACACAUGAGCAUAUUGGCAAAGCAACACAUUGAGACACGUUUCGUGAAGAUCCAAGCUGAGAAAAGUCCAUUCUUGGCUGAGAGGCUUAAGAUUGUUGUUCUUCCCACUCUUGCCCUCAUUAAGAACACUAAAGUCGAUGAUUAUGUGGUUGGGUUCAAUGAACUGGGAGGGAAAGAUGAUUUUAGCACAGAAGAUCUUGAAGAGAGAAUAGCCAGAGCGCAAGUGAUCCAUUACGAGGGAGAAUCAUCUCUUAAACAAAAGUCUACAACACAAGUCAGAAGGAACGUGAGGCAGAGUGCUCGUUCAGAUUCUGACUCCGAAUAAAUCCCUUUUCUUAUCAAAGGUUUGUUCGUUUGUAUCCUCUUGUUAGUUGUAAUACUUGCAAUUCAUCGUUUUGAUGAUCAAAAUCAAUGUUGAUCGUUAGAUUGAUGAACAUGCAAUAUCUAGAAUACUACAUUGAUGUUUUAUAUGUUACCUAGUGAGAGUGUUGGAAUGACCAAAGUCUUUUUGAGUUUGUUCUUUAACUUUUGAAAACCUUCUGUCUCAUACCAUGUCUUCUCGAUUCCUCCUUAAGUCUGAAACCUAGACAAGUCAACAAUCGAACAACACUUUCCCUAAUUUUUUUAAUUUAU